UGGAAAUUUAAAAAGUUCACUUUGAAAAGCGAAGAGCGGCAGAACGAAACGCCAGAGACACGACUUUAAAACACACACGGCGUCAGGAUUUUACCGAGGAAAACACAAGAAAACUGAAGAAAACUGAUAAUAAAACUGGGAAAAAAACAGAAAACAAACGAGAGUUCACCGCCGAUCACGAAGUGUAACGGAGCAGAGGACAGUUCUCUGCUGAAGCUAACAUGACGUCACACAGCCUGAACGCAGUGAAACGGGAUGAGAAAGGCAGGAACAUCCAGGUGGUCGUCAGAUGCAGACCUUUCAACACAAUGGAGCGCAAGUCGUCGUACGGUGUCGUGGACUGCGAUCAGAACAGGAAGGAGGUGGUGAUGAAGACGGGAGGGAUGAACGACAAGACGUCAAGAAAGACGUACACAUUUGACAUGGUGUUUGGCCCAGCAGCGAAGCAGAUAGACGUGUACAGGAGUGUUGUGUGUCCCAUCCUGGACGAAGUCAUCAUGGGAUACAACUGCACUGUGUUUGCCUACGGUCAGACAGGAACAGGAAAGACGUUCACUAUGGAGGGGGAGCGGAGUCCAGACGAACAGUUCACCUGGGAGGAGGACCCUCUGGCUGGCAUCAUCCCCCGGACACUGCACCAGAUCUUUGAGAAGCUCUCUGAGAACGGCACCGAGUUCUCCGUCAAAGUGUCACUGCUGGAGAUCUACAAUGAGGAGCUGUUUGACCUGCUGAGUCCCAGCGAGGACGUCAGUGAGCGACUGCAGCUGUUUGACGACCCGCGCAACAAGCGCGGGGUGGUGGUGAAGGGCCUGGAGGAGGUGACGGUUCACAACAAAGAUGAGGUUUAUCAGAUUCUGGAGAGAGGAUCAGCAAAGAGGAGGACGGCCUCCACACUCAUGAACGCCUACUCCAGCCGCUCUCACUCCGUGUUCUCCGUCACCAUUCACAUGAAAGAGAUCACAGUGGACGGAGAAGAGCUGGUCAAGAUCGGGAAACUCAAUCUGGUGGACCUCGCUGGCAGCGAGAACAUCGGACGCUCCGGCGCGGUGGAUAAACGAGCUCGAGAGGCAGGAAACAUCAACCAGUCUCUGCUCACGCUAGGCAGAGUGAUCACUGCUCUGGUGGAGAAGAGGCCACACAUCCCAUACAGAGAGUCAAAGCUGACCAGGAUCCUGCAGGACUCGCUGGGAGGACGGACAAAAACCUCCAUCAUUGCCACUGUGUCUCCGUCAUCCAGCAACCUGGAGGAGACACUGAGCACCCUGGAAUAUGCAAGCAGAGCUAAGAACAUCAUGAACAAACCUGAGGUCAACCAGAAACUCACCAAGAGGACGCUCAUCAAGGAAUACACUGAGGAGAUCGAGCGCCUCAAGAGAGACCUGGCUGCUGCUCGAGACAAGAAUGGAGUUUACCUGUCCUCAGAACACUACGAGUCUAUGGUGGGUCAGCUGACCACUAACGAGGAGCAGAUUAUCGAGUACACUGACCGUAUCGCUGCCCUGGAGGAGGAGCAAAAAAAGGUCACUGAGUUGUUCAUGGACAGUAAAACCAGACUGGAUCAGGUCACCGUUGACCUGGAUGAGAAGCAGCAGAGGCUGGAGGAGACGAGUCGUGACCUGCAGGAGACGAGAGAGAAGCUGAGUCAGGAGGAGUUUAUCUGCUCUGAGAUCAGCUCGGUGCACCAGGUUCUCUACAACACUGCUGGACAGCUGCUGACGACAGUAGAGGCUAGCACCAGCGACGUGUCGGGUCUCCACGACAAACUCGACAGGAAGACAAAGGUGGAGCAGCACAACAGGCAGGUCCAGCAGAGCUUUUCUCAGCAUAUGGAGACAGCAUUCAGUGACAUGCAGUGCUGUGUUCAACAGCAAGGAAACAAACAUCAGCACAUGAUGAGCAGCUACUCACAGGCUGUUGAUGGUUUGCUGGGGAUGAACGAGGCGGCGCUGACCGGAGCUCUGACCACCCUGGAGACCUUUGUGGGCGGAGUCGGGCAUCUGGUGGCCGAGGGUGUGGCUCGCUGUCAGGAGAGAGUUCAGCAGCAGGAGGCGCUGUGUCUGCAGGACAAAGAGAGUUUGCUGCAGCUGCUGGACGAGCACCGGCAGGACAUGGAGGAAGUCUUAGUGGUUCGGACUCUGAUGGGUUUGUCGGCCGUCAGGGAGCUCAGUGACACGCUGAGAGCAUCCGUGGAGACGCAGCGAGCUUUGGCCGACAAGGUGGAGGACAUGAAGGACAUGGGUGUGUUCUUCAGCAGCCUGGUUCAGGAGCUGGCGGGGCUGAGGGAGUCAGCAGUGCAGGGGCUGAGCUCUUUGCAGAGAGACCACGACAGGCUGGAGGACGAAAUCAGGCGAGCGCAGGAGAAACAUCAGGCGGGAAUGAAACAAACCAUCCAGUGUCUGCAGGACCAGCUCAACCUGCUCACCAUGGAGACUCAGAGAGAUUACACAGACCUGUGCUCCACCUCCAGAGCUCUGCAGAAACCUCUGCUGAGCCUCAGAGCAGCACUUUGCAGUGGCUGCAGCUCAGUGGAGCGUCAGGCCUCCUCUCAGGUGGAGGUGCUCUGCUCCUCCUCCUCCUCCCUUGCCUCCUCCCUGCGUCACACCUGUGAGCAGAGUCAGCAGACGCUGGAGGAGCUGAGCGGCUGCUGCUCCCACCUACACUCCUCUGUGUCCGGUCUGAUGGACCGUGACGUCCAGUGGAGGUCUGCAGUGACUGACCGCGCAGAGACGGGAGCUCGGGAUCAUGUGGCUAUGAUGAAGAAGAGGGCAUGUGACACUCAGAUGCUGCAGCAGAGCGUGGAGACUCACUGUGCCGAACAGCUGCACAAAACAAAGGAGGCGCUGUCGAGUCAGCAGGCGGAGGUGAAGCGCGCUGUGGUGGCCGUUCAGGACCAGGCCUCAGUGGACCAGACUGCUGUGGAUGAGCAGUGGGUGGAGCUUCAGGAGCGCCUGCAGACAAGCCAGCGUCUGGUCUGUGGGUUCCUGCAGGAGGAGCUGCAGCACGACGUUCCCACCGGUGCCACGCCUCAGCGUCGGGACUUUGUGUAUCCGGGGCAGUUGAUGAAGUCGCGCAGUCGCAUCGAGCUGCUGGACAGUCUGAGGAGGCAGCAGGAGCAGCUGCUCGCCGCCAUGGAGGAGGAGGAGGAGCCUGAGGAGGAGGAGGAGGAGGAGGACAAACACAGCCAGGAUUCUCUGGAGGACGAGCUGAGCACCUGUGAUCAAAGUGCAGCCACGGAGCCGUCCUUCAUCGACGAGAACCUCGUCUUCAAUGAGGGCAAACGAGUUCCCUUCUUCAAGCAGAAGAAGUGCAGUAAGAAGGAGUCAAAGAUUCCCAGCAGAUCAAAGUGGUUAGAAAAUGAAGCUGCAUCAUCGUCAUCGCCACAGAAAUCCCGGCUGCCGCUCCGCUCUCACAAUUAUUAAAUGUUUUUUAAUAUUCUUUUCUUCUGUUUCUAACGUCAUUCAUAUUUUUGUUUGAGCUGUUCUGACAUUUUCAUGUUGCUUGUAAAAUUAAAGAGAAUUAUUCCUGUU